AUGACUCAAGCAUUCGGUUCUUCACCCGAAAUACCUUUUCACCAAAAUUUUCCCGUCCAUCCACCCUUCUCUCCGGCGAUAAAAGUCAUCCAUUGCCGCCUCCCCUACAGUGACUGCAACCCUCCAUCUUGGGGAAUUUUAUCCUUGUAUUUCCAAAUUAAUUACGAGGGACCCACAAGUAAAAUUCAACUUGCAUAUAAAUGGAUUGGAUGCAAUUUAGUGUUGCUUUACGGUAGUAGGUGAACCCCAAGGAAGAUGGUGUGAAUUCUUUAGCCAUGGAAAAUAGAAGAAUGAGGGCAAAUUUUGAUUUCCUAAAGAAACUUGGAGUCGAUAUGUGAUGUUUUAAUGAUAAGUGGACUUAUAUUAUUAUAUUUAUCAUAUAAUGUUGUCGAAUUGCAUGCACAUAUAUUAUGUUUGUAGGAAUCUAAUGCAAAUCGGGAUGAACUUGUGGCUCUUGCGAAAGUACUUCAGGGUUUUGGAGCUUAUCGCGAUUGUGGAUUAGAGUGAAGACGGACUUGUGGGCUCUCGAGGCGCUAUUGGGCUUGGCGGAUCCAUAAAAGAAGACUUGGGCCUUAAAGAAUUGAAGACUUGGAUAUUUUAGACUUGUAAAGAUGGGUCAUAAACUUCUAUUUUUGGGCUUGGAGCAUCCACUUUUGUAGCUAAAUGAUGAUUGGUUGGUUUAAAUCACAUGGAUAUGGAGGGGACCAAAGGAAUCUUUGGUAGUGGAAGGGUGGAGUGGAGGAAUGAAGGACCAAUAGCAUUACAACAACAUUUGCGCGGGUAGAAUUUUCGUCGCGCGGGUACCCGCGCAACUGCCCAAUUUGGACAUUUUGGUCAUUUGGCUUGCCAUUACCUUGGGGAAUCAGAUCUAGCAGCCAUACUUCGAUUUUACACCAUUGAAGAGCUGAAGAAGGCG